GCCCGUAGAUCCUAUUCGUCGUCUGCGCCAACACAAUGGAGAGAUCAAGGGCGGGGCAGUAAGGACGUCGCGGUACCGGCCAGUCGAGAUGGUUCUGCUGGUCUAUGGAUUCCCCAAUCGCAACUCUGCCCUUCAGUUCGAGUGGGCCUGGCAAUAUCCCAACCGGACCCGUCAUAUUGAGUCCAGAUCAUCUUCCAAGACCCUGGCUUCGAGGCUGCAGGCCCUCGAAUCGUUGUCGACCUCGAAGCGCUGGUGUCGGUGGCCCCUCAAAGUCCUGAUUCUUGACCCCAAUCUCAAGCUGCCUCGGUCGUCUGCUCCAAGUCGAUCCGCCGACACCUUCCUGCCAUAUCCGAUAUCGUAUGGUCACAUCAAAGAGCUUCCGUACGAUAUCGGCGACGCCGUGGCUGCCGAGUUCCAUCGUCAAGACCACCUCAAACUCGUCAGCGGCGCCGACCCACUGCCGACCCACCGUUGCUGCAAAAUAUGCACCUGCAAUGUAUCGCUUGCCCGACUCGCUUCCUGGGUCGGCUGCAUCGACUGCAAGGCGAUCUUCCAUCUGGGAUGUCUUGCCAAGAGGUUCCUGGCACAGGAAGCGGGUGCACUCCCGUGUCCGUCGGAAUCCUCCGGUCGCGAGCUGAUGCCAGUGUCCGGCGCCUGUCCUGGAUGCAGUCGGCGGCUCGAAUGGGGAAGUCUCAUCGAGGGUCUCAGAAUCCGGAUCCGUGACAAGUGCGAGAGGUCGCCUCAAGGCGGCGUUGCUGACGAGGACUCGGGCUCGGAGUCGGAGUGCCAAAUUUCGUCCAGCGAAGAAGAGAAUACCAACGACAGGAGCGAGCUUGCGUCGAUCUGCAACGACUCUGACCCAGUGGGCAGCCUUUCAAGCCAGCCCAGCCAGCCAAGCGCAUCGGCAAUGCACGAAUCGUCAACACGGAGAAAGCCUGGUGCCAUCAUAGGCUUGGACAGCAGUAACGAAUUAGACCACCCCAGGGAUCUCACUGCCGUGGCUCCGCUUGGAUCAGCAUCCGGAUCUUCGCCUCGACCACGCAGAUGCAUCUCCAAGAACAAAAUGGCGUCGGCACAAGCCCUGAAUGGCAAACCGACGGCAGCCGCAAGAGCACAUGCACAACCAGCGACUCGGGGUUCUCGCGCUGCAAAUCAAAGUGCUCUUGGUUGGAAGCAGGCCAAGUCCGUUUUGGUGUCGAUAUCCUCGUCCGAUAUGUCCGCAAACCUCACAUGCUCUCGUAAGUCGCCCGGACGCCGGCUGCCAGAGAAGGCAUCGGCUCCACCACUUGGACUCUGCGACACAAGCGACGAGGAGACGAUCGGUUCCCAACGAACGACACAGUCCCAGGGCCAACUGUCCCGUUCGAGGGCACAGGCAGACGAUCCCCGAAAUGCCGCCAUUCUUGUCCCAAGCGACGAUUCGGAUUGAAUGGCACUUCAUAUGAGUUCGUGUUCGCGCAAGCUGCAGCACAAUGAAUAAUAGUAUUUCCUGUAUCGACCAGAGGUGAU